AUCCAUCUUUACAUGCACAUUUGGGUUGUCAUUAAAACAGUUAAUAUAUAUAUAUAUAUGAUUUGAUGAAUUUGGUGGCUCUGAUGUCAUGGUUGCCAUAUUGGCAGCAAUUGUUUAAGUGCCAGUUUCACCAUCUAGUUUGAGUGUUAAAUAUUGUUGGGAUACAGUUGCAGAGAUGGCUGGAACCAAGAAAAAGUUUGUGGAAAUUGAUAUAAUUGCAGACACUGUGUGUCCAUGGUGCUUUGUGGGCAAAAGAAACCUUGACAAAGCUCUGGAGGAAGGUAAUGAUCGAUACGAGUUUGAGCUCAGAUGGCAUCCAUUUCAAAUUGAUCCUGAAGUCCCUAAAGAAGGCACUUACAAGAGAGAGUUUUAUGAUACAAAGAUGGGCGCUGAUGUAGCUGAUGUGUUCAAUACCCGUAUGGCAGAUAUCUUUUCAAGCCAUGACAUGACCUAUAAGAUCGAUGGACUCACGGGAAAUAGUAUUGAGAGUCACAGGCUUAUAUAUUUUGCUGGGCUGCAGGAUCGUGAUAAGCAGCAUGAUCUUGUGGAUGAGAUCUGUCUUGGAUAUUUCACAGAUGGGAGAUUCAUUGGGGACAGGGAUUAUCUUCUGGAAUGUGCUGAAAAGAUUGAAAUAGAAGGGGCAGAAGAGUUUCUUGAUGACCCCAACAAGGGGCUCACUGAGGUCAAGGAAGAGCUUAAGAAGUACUCAGAAGUAAAAGGAAUCCCAUAUUUUGUGAUUAAUGGAAAGGAAGAGUUUGCUGGUGCCCAACCAACUGAAGUCUUCCUAGCUGCUUUUGAAGCAGCUACAAAAUGAUACAACUUCACAUCUUAAAGCAUUCACUCUCUAGCUCCAAUAAGAAUGCAAACCUUGGAAAUAUGUUUUAAAUGCAGAGUGAUUUCCUUUUGUUAAACAAUUUUGUAUGUUGUGUUAUUAGAGUGUAAUCGGAAUCACUGAUUAAGUGAAAUCAUUUUUGAA